AUGCCUUGGAAUUACUCCGAGAAGGACCCCUCCCAUGACCUGUUGGUGCCAUACAAUAGCACUGACUUCCAACCAUCUGUCUUCAUCUUGACUGGUCUCCGAGGACUGGCAGGGGCCCGAAUUUGGCUAGGCCCACUCCUGAGCCUUAUGUAUACCAUCACUCUGGCUGGCAAUUGCACAUUGUUAUAUCUGGUCAAAAUUGAGCGAAGCCUCUGGGAGCCCCAAUAUCUUUUCCUCUCCAUGUUGGCAGGAGCUGACAUUGGCCUGUCCAUCUCAACAUUGUCCUCAGUGCUUAAGGUUUUUGUCUUUGGUCAUCAUGAGAUUGCAUUUGAUGGUUGCCUUAGCCAGCUUUUCUUUAUUCAUACCUUCUCCUCUACAGGAUCAGGUAUUCUCUUGUCUAUGGCCUUUGACCGCUUUGUGGCCAUCAGCCACCCAUUGCACUAUACCACCAUCCUCACCCACCCUCGCAUCACCAAAAUGGGACUGGCAGCCUUCUUGAGGGGCAUAGCACUCAUGACUCCAUUGCCCAUCCUCCUCAAGAGACUGCCUUUCUGCAAAGGCCAGACCCUCUCCUACUCCUACUGUCUCCACCCUGAUGUCAUGAAGCUGGCCUGUGGUCCUGUCAAGAUCAACAUCUUCUAUGGUCUAGUCCUGGUCAUCUGCUCCUUUGCAGUGGACUCCUUGCUCAUUGUCCUCUCCUAUACCCUAAUCCUUCGAUCUGUGCUGGGAAUUGCUUCCAGAGAAGGUCAACUGAAAGCACUGAACACCUGCCUUUCCCACAUCUUCAUUGUCCUCAUUUUCUACAUGCCACUCCUAGCAAUUACAUUGUUACAUCGGAUCAAUCAAAAGAGUUCCCCUCUAACACAUGCUGUUUUAGGCAAUAUUUAUCUCUUCAUGCCUCCCAUGUUCAACCCAAUUAUCUAUAGUCUGAAAACUAAGCAAAUACGUGCUGCUUUGCAGAAAUCCUUUGGAAGUUGGAAAAGCUGA